CGACACAAGACAAAGAUAAACAACAAACGCUUGACGGCAGUAAAAAUGGCUUCCCACUUCAGCGGUGUGCUGCAGUUGACAGAUCUCGAUGAUUUCAUUACUCCAUCCCAGGAAUGUGUCAAACCCGUCAAAGUAGAGAAGAAACAGGGUAAAUCUGUGGCCAAAAUCCAGAUAGAAGAUGACGGCAGUUACGUCCAAGUCAACCAGGAUGGAGGCAAGCAGAAGCUGGAGAAAGCAAAGAUCACGCUGAAUGACUGCUUGGCCUGCAGUGGCUGCAUCACUUCGGCCGAGAGCGUCCUCAUCACGCAGCAGAGCCACGAGGAGCUGUUUAAAGUGCUCCGCAACAACAAAUCUGGUGGUACGGACCAGAAGAUCGUGGUGGUGUCAGUGUCACCGCAGUCCAGAGCCUCCCUUGCAGCACACUAUGACCUCAGCAGUAGUGAGGCAGGCAGGAGGCUAACCUCGUUCUUCAAAGGCCUUGGGGUUCAUCAUGUGUUUGACACUAGCUUUAGUCGGACCUUCAGCUUGCUGGAGAGUCAGAGAGAGUUUGUGGAGCGUUUCCAGAGGAAGGAGAAGGACAGGAAGGCCGUUCCCAUGCUAACGUCUGCCUGUCCAGGUUGGAUCUGCUAUGCAGAGAAGACCCACGGGGAGUUUAUUCUUCCGUACAUCAGCACCACUCGCUCCCCCCAGCAGAUGAUGGGCUCUCUGGUUAAAGGCUAUUUUGCUGAACAACAGGGCCUGAGUCCGCAGCAGAUCUACCACGUGGCAGUGAUGCCGUGCUUUGACAAGAAACUUGAGGCCUCACGGCCAGACUUCUACAUGGAAGAAGCCGAGAUCCGAGAAGUGGAUUGUGUCAUCACUUCUGGAGAGGUUCAGAAGAUGUUGGAGGAGGAAAAUGUGUCUCUUAAGGAUUUGGAGUCUGCAGUACCAGAUACAAUGUUCAGCAGUGUGUGCGGGGAUGAGUUCCUGAGUCACGCUGGGAGUGGAUCGGGGGGCUACCUCCAUCACGUCUUUACCUACGCUGCUAAACAACUGUUUGGAGAGGAGGUGAAGGAGCUCACCUACAAGACCCUACGGAAUAAAGAUUUCCAAGAGGUGAGUCUUGAGAAAGACGGCGUCGUCGUACUUUGCUUCGCUUCGACGUACGGCUUCCGGAACAUUCAGAACCUCGUGCAGAAACUCAAGAGGGGGAAGUCGCCUUACCACUUUGUGGAAGUUAUGGCUUGUCCGUCAGGCUGUCUAAACGGUGGCGGGCAGGUGAAGCCCUCAGAUGGUCAGAACCCAAAGGAGCGUCUUCAGAAAGUUGAGGAGCUCUACAAGGCAGAACGCCCCCUACAGCCAGAAGACGACGUGCGCGUGGCCGAGUUGUACCAGUCCUGGCUCAACAGUGUAGGAAAGGAAAGAGCCAAAGAGCUGCUGCACACGCAAUACCACACGGUGGAGAAGAUGACCAAUGGGCUCACUAUGAAGUGGUGACGAAUGUUAGUUUUUUAGUUAGUUUUCUUCCACAUGCAGUCUUGCAUUCUAUUAUUUUGCACACACUGAUUCAAACUCGUCCAAGUAAAGGCGACCAUUUUUGUCUCUCUUCUGAGGCAAUGGGGUGAAAACUUGAAAGCCAGAAGGUCAGAAGUAUGCCUGCAUCCACUCUUCUCCUUGUCUAAAGACUACGAGUCUAGCAACAAGGAAUAUCAGAACAUAUAUGUUUAAGCAAAGCCAAAUUAUGUUCAUAAACUGAUGAUUUACCCUCACACUGCUGAUUGUCCUUUUAGACGUACUACUAGUUAGGUUAUUCGUUGUGAAAACGCUGUGAAAACCGGAGCCGAAAUGACACGAAGAAAAAUAUAAUCAACCAUUGUGUAUAUUUAAUCAUAUUUGCAUAUAUGUAUAUAUUUUGAAAAAUAAACACGUUAUUUAAUUGCA